AGCUGAAUGACAACAUAUGGCCACUUUUAUGCAGAACAAACAACGCGUUUUCCGUGUAACAUAUAAGUCAUUCUUUGAAUUUAUCUUGCAAGUCUAAAAUAACUCUAGCAUGUAUCUUGUCUACGUCCUAUUUCUCCUUGUUGGUUUGGUUCAAGAGGCAAGAAAAAGUCUCUCCAGAAACUAUUGUAUACAUCAAACUGAAAGUAAAGUAAUGUUUAACGGGAUUUACCUCAUUCAAGGCUUCCGCAGCAUGAGUCAUUCUAGCUUGAGACAAGAUUUUUAUUUAUGCCAUCUUUGUCCCGAAGCACAAUGUCAUUGCUGAACGAUUUCCUUUGCAGCAAUUACAUUCAGCACAUAUAGCUUCCCUUCAUUAGUCGUAAGCCUCAGUGCUUAUUGUCAGCCUCAUGGACUACGCUUAUUUUUGUCCAACACACCUGAUAAAUGUCAAUAUGGAGCAAUUGUAUCUGAAUUAGCACUUUGUUGGAAAGCACAAUAAAGCAUUUUUUAUGUUCUUAU